AGAUCGAAUCGCAGCAGGUUUUGAUCAAGUCCCCAUGGAGGUGGUGCCCGCCGCCUCCCGUGCCGGCAGGGACCGGCUAAGCGAGCUUCCGGACUGCCUGCUGCACAGUGUGCUGUCGUCCCUCCGUUCCCGGCAGGUGGUGCAGUCCUCCCUGCUGUCUCGCCGGUGGAGGCACCUGUGGCGCUCCGUGCCGUGCCUCGACGUCGACCAGCGGGACUUCCUGUCUGACGAACCGGAGCCGGAGGCGUCCGCCUACAAGGCUCCCGAUGUGCGCCUGCACAGCAAGGUGCGGGAGGAGAGGCUCGACCGAGAGCGAGAGAUCAAGCGGCAGCGCAGCUUCGAGGACUUCGCCGACGCCAUGCUGCUCUUCAACGGCGUGUCGCCUCUCGACGCAUGUCGGCUACACGUCGCCCACCGGGAUCAUCGUACGGGCUUGCACCGGUGGAUACGCCGUGGCCUAGCGCGCCAUCCGGCGUAGCUCCACGUCG